AUGUCGAGUUCCACUCAGUCCCAAUUCCUUGAGUAUCUUAAGAGCCUCAAGCUCAAAGACCUCCCCAACAUUGAGGCUAUCGCCCAACCGCGGAUCGACGUGUCUGUGUUUGAGCGUGGUCGGCGCCAUACAUGGAAUAACCGUGGCCUACUCAAGCAACCUGACCAAGUCUCACGCGGCGCUUACCUG